ACCUCGAACAGUUCGAGCUGAGAUUGCUCUGGUUCAAGACGUUGCUUGAUAAUACGAGUCGCAUUUUAUAUAGAGACGCGUGCAGCAUCUAGUAUAUAAAACAAAGCUGAAGCUUCGUUUAGUUCUAGCGCUUUGUUUAUAUAUUUAAAUCAUGAAAAUUAUGCUAUCUAACAAAACAUUGCACAAGCUUCUGCUGCUGCUGAUGCUGAUGCUCGCCUGCGUAUGGAGCCAUCCAUUAAACAAGCAGCCGGAAACUGAAGGGACUGUGGCGCAACGACCCGUAUUUCUCAUUCAAAACAAUGUGAACGCUGAGGACGCGAUGAACUAUCAAAUAACGAUACCAAAAGAAAUCACGCCCCAGGACCCAUGUCUGACGAUCAGUUGGAAAACCAACCCGGAUGGCAGUGGGCCGGGUGAACCCAGAAUUUAUUUGGUAGACGGCUACUUUAAGAUCAUGCCAGCCACGGCAAAUAGGCAACAAUAAUCAGUUGGUUAAGUUAUGCACCUAAACAUUUAAACAUAAAUAUUUCAUAUCUGAGAACCAAUUCACAUGGAUCGAUGGGCCUUAGGGUCUUCCCCCUCCGGACUCUUUAAGAUGCCAAGACUCGACUUUUUGAUAAGAUAAACGUCUGGAGGGGACUUCUCGACGGAAGUAGCCUCGGCUACGGCUUCUACUGAGUAUAUUGAUGAUGUUUUUCCAGAUAUCUAUCUUCGAUAUCGCAUCUCUAAUAAUACACAUUUUGAUCAAUCACAUUUUGAUCUAAUCCCCACACUUUCAUUUAAAUAAUUAUUUUCUUAAAAAAAGGUUUUUUAAC